UCGCUCCUCUGGUCCUCAGUACACAGCGGUCUAUCAGUUGGAGUGCAGCUAGCGUGGAGUUUCAACCAGCGGAGUAGCGAGCCACAGCUAUCUAUCAUGGCCGCCAGAGUCCAAAUCUGAAUGCUCUUUUCUCCCUGUUCUCCUCCUUGGAGAUUUUAAAGGAAUUAUCCACACCCUUCGAGGUUUAUUCGGACUAAAUACAUUUCCCAGGGAAUAUACCAUUCAUGUCAAUACCUAAAUAUGCAGCCACCGCCGAGAAAGGUAAAAGUGACUCAGGAGAUGAAGAACAUUCAUACGGAGCAGAUGACCAGACUGCACCUGAAACACCAGACGGAAUGUGACCUACUGGAAGACAUGAGAACCUACAGCCUGAAGAAGGGACAGCUGGAAAGGGACUAUGCACAGGCACUGCAGAAGUUGGCCAGCCAGUACCUGAAGAGGGACUGGCCCGGAAUCAACCCAGAUGACCAACGUACAGACUACAGGAACGUGUAUGCGGUGUGGAGGUCCUAUCUGGAGGGCACAGUGCAGGUCACCCAGUCUCGCAUGAACGUGUGUGAGAACUACAAGAACGAGAUCUCCGACCCAGCCAAGACCGUGCGGCUGUUCAAGGAGCAGCAGCUCAAAAAGAGUAUAGAGCAGCUGAGUCAUAUCCAGGCCGAGCUCCAGGACUCGGUGAAGGACCUGGCCAAGGCCAAGAAGAAGUACUACGAGUCAGAGCAGGUGGCCCAGGCUGUACGAGAGAAGGCCGACAUCGAGGCCAAGUCGAAGCUGGGGCUUUUUCAGUCCCGGAUCAGUUUACAGAAAGCCAGUGUGAAGUUGAAAGCGAAAAGAAGUGACUGCAACUCCAGAGCGACCCACGCCAGGAACGACUACCUGUUAACCCUGGCUGCUGCCAACGCCCACCAUGACCGCUACUACCAUGCAGACCUGCUGCACUGCAUCCAGACGUUGGAUGGAGGUAUAUAUGAGCAUGUGAAGGACUAUCUGAUAGCGUUCUGUCGAACAGAGCUAGAGGCUUUCCAGGCUAUCCACAACACCUUCCAGUUUCUCCUGGACAAAUCCAGUAGGGUGAUGCAGGAGUUCAAUCAGCAGCUGUUUAUGAAGGAGAACCCCAUGUUUCACAAAGCACAAGACUUCCAGUUCCAACCCAGUGAAUGUGACACGAGUCGUCAGCUGGAGUCAGACACAGGAACCACAGAGGAACACAGCUUAAACAAGGAGGCCAGGAAGUGGGCGACCAGAGUGGCCAGAGAACACAAGAACAUCCUCCACUACAAGAGGACUCUGGAGGAGUGUGAGACGCACGGCGUCUCUCCCUCGGAGCAGGCCCGGAGUGAGCUGGAGCUGAGGAUCGAGGAGGCCAGGGAGAACAUGCGCAAGGCUGAGAUUGUAAAGCUGAAAGCUGAGGCCCGGUUAGACCUACUAAGACAGGUGGGAGUCGCCGUGGAUACGUGGCUGAAGAGCGCCAUGAACCAGGUAAUGGAGGAGCUGGAAAAUGAACGCUGGGCAAACUACACUACCCACGAUCCCUCACUCGCGGGCCCCGUGGACCUGGAGCGAGGGGAAGGCGAGGAGUGCGAGGAGAGCAUGGAGGUGUUUGACGACAGCAGCUCCAGUCCUUCUGGAACCCUCAGGAACUACCCUCUCACCUGCAAGGUCCUCUACUCAUACAAGGCGUCCCAGCCUGAUGAGUUAACCAUAGAUGAACAAGAAGUGUUGGAGGUCAUAGAGGAUGGAGAUAUGGAGGACUGGGUCAAGGCUCGUAACAAGAUAGGCCACGUAGGGUAUGUACCUGAGAAGUACCUCCAGUUCCCCACCUCCAACAGCCUACUGAGCAUGCUCCAGUCUCUGGCGGCGCUCGACGCACGCUCACACACCUCGUCCAACUCCACCGAGCCUGAACUCCACAGCAGCAGCCUCAACGGAGACGCCAACGUGAGCUACGUGCGGGCGCUGUACGACUACGAGGGCCAGACGGACGAGGAGCUGACCUUCCCCGAGGGCGCCGUCAUCCGCCUGCUCAGCCGCGACACGCAGACGGACGACGGCUUCUGGGAGGGCGAAUUCAGCGGGCGGGCGGGGGUGUUCCCCUCCGUGCUGGUGGAGGAGCUGACGGAGGACGGGGAGAACGGCGCCGACACGAGGAUCUCUCCCUCUCAGAGGACGCCCUCCCUGCUCCCGCCCCUCCCCCUGUACGACCAGCCCCCGGCCGGCUCCUACGCCAGCCCGGCCACGCCCCCGCCCCUCCCCCGCUCGCCCUCCGUCAACGGGGACCACCGGCCGCCGCCGCCUCCCUCGCAAAAGGGGCCCGUGCUCAACCACAGUGCAGGUCUGAGUCCUUUAUCUCCAGGGUUUCAGCAGCCGCCCCCACGCCCCAGCCCCGAUAGCGUGGGCCCCAGCAAGCUACGGCCGGUGCGUGCCGCCCCCCCUCCCCCCAAGCAGCACGCCCGCCGGCAGGCGGAGAAGACGGAGGAGGUGGAGAUCACGCUGGUGUGAGGCUGGGGGGGGGGGGGGGUGCCCUGAGCUGCACCCUGGACCCCCCUCCACUGGGAAGAGGGGAGGAGACCUGGACCGCCCCCGAACGCCAGACGGCUUCCUCUCCUCUCCCAUGAGACUCUCUGUGGCCUCGACCUCGUCGCGCCUCACCGUUGUGACCGAAGGAAUUCAGCCGGGCGGAGUAGGAGGAUGAUGCAGGGGGUGGAAAGCGGUGGAACCGGGACGUGAGAGUCUGGAAGAGGGAGGGGCUUAUCUGUGUUCCUCCCCCCCCAUUCACGCCAUAUAUAGUCAUAUCAUACGUAUUUAAUGUGUAUUAGUACAGUACAUUACUGUUGUCAUAGGAAUGCUCAACGUUUUCUAUAGCCUAACCCGCUGAAUGGAGUAUCUAUUUGAUAUGUAGUAGUCUAUCCAUAUUGCGACCUGAAAGGGCAUUGUACAUACAAAAUAAGGGAAGGGAGAGAUGAUGGGGGGGGGGGGGUGGGCAGACUGAGAGAGAGAGAGGGGUUUGGGGGGGGCUGGACCCUCCCUGGACACAUUGCUCUCGUCUUGAGUUUCUUCUCCAUCCCCCCUUCCCUUCUACCUCCACCCUUCUCUUUUCCCUCCGACAGGCUGUUUGUUUAUUGGCAGUCUGUUUGAGUCCCCCCCCCGUGCUCCCUCACACACACACACACAGAUACAUGCCCUCUGUGCUUCUCCCUCUGUUAAACAGCGUGUGUUGGUUUCCCCCUAAUAUUUCGUUCCGCGCCGGAACCGCAGGGUAGAUUGGUCAGUGGAACUGUUCUAAAUGGUGAAAUGGCUGCUUUCUAAUCCAAUCUUCUCUUAGACGUUGGUGUUAUCUGUUGUUACACAGCAGCGCACAAACACACGCAUACCUGUGCUGCUUCAGAAGACUGCCCCAGCUCACAGCUCCAGACCUGCUCUAACCACCUACCUACUCCCGCGAACCAUUCUUCAAUUUACAAACUUUGGCAGACGAAGCAGGCAGCUGUCUUAUUUUCGCUGUGUUCUUUCUUUUGCGUUUGAGAGCCGUUGACCUUUGAACCCCGAACGUGUCAAUCAACUGCUCGACAAUGACAGCGCGGGAAGAUGGAGGUGAACUGAGUUUCGGAUCUCUGAGCCCCCCGCCCCGACCUUCCACCCCAGCUACCGAGGAGGCUGCAUAGCACUUUUAUUUAUUAUCUUCUCUCGUUUCUCUGCCACUGUUGUUUUCUUUGGUUUUGAUCAUUGUUAGCUCUUAAUUUCACUGCACCUCUCAUUGUCUGGGAUCUGAUUUGAGUCUGAAACAUGAGUUCAGAUUCCCAAACUCCUCCUGAUUGAGCCAGAACACGGGGACAGUGUGUCUGUCUGUCUGGCUCCUUGUCCAUCUGUCUGUCCUUCCGUCCAUCCCGCUGUAAGAUUGUCUCCAUCUUGUUUCAGUGUGUCUGAAAGCUGUCGUUCCCUCCCCUUGUUCUACUCAUAGAAGGAGAGAGAGAGACACCGGCAAUCUGAGAUGCAAGCCAUGUGUUACUCCGUGUGAAAAUAAAGAUUUCAACAACACAAUAAUAAGGGAUGUAUGUAAGAAUACAUGGACAAAAUGGGGAUUGGGUUUUUAGAAACUGGCGUGUUUGGGGAAUGAUUAUGACGAGUACAGAUGUGGCGGGUAAGAUCUGGGUUCAGCUGGUUGCAGCCGCCCCAGCCUGCGUGUGUCUGCCUGUCGGGAGAAAUGACUCUGAAACUCUGACUUCCGAGAUCACCCGGAACCUUCUUCCUGCGUGUCAUUGCAGACGGGAAGCCGACCCCUGCUCAGUGCAGAUGGACGACUCUCUGCAGAUGCCCGCUUGAUCUUUCUAAGAUCUUUAGAGUGUUUAUCAAACUUGUUUUGAAGUUUAUGGUUUACAGCGACAACCUCUAUCCUGUCAGAAGUCCGUCCUCGCCCUGACGACUGACUAAACACACACGACUGUAUCCCAUCACUUGGUUUUCUAGCUACGGCUCUAUAAUCCUGAAAAAGAGAUGUCCUUAGUUCCUGUGGGUUUUAUUUUGUUUCUUCUUAUUUUGUUUUGGUUAAAAAGAAAAAAAAUAUUUCAGUUGAUUUGGAGAUGUUUCAGAGCUGCUAAAAAGGAUGUGGUUGAACAACAGGCCUUUUUUGUGGCGGUGUCAUGAUGACACUGUUGAGAACAGGCACAACAUUAUUUCUGCUUAUUAUUGGCUGUAAAAAAAAGUUUGUAUUUAUUGUGUACAAAUGUUAAAUAAUAAAAGAUACAAAAGUC